UCUAGUAAAUACUGUUAUUUUGAGAUCUAGGGGACCGACGGAUAGCUACGGAAAUGAAAAUAACGUGAAGAUUCUUGUUUAAAAACAAAAUGUUAUUUAUUGUAGAAUGAUAGCAAACAACAUUGUGUGACGAUAUGCGUUAUGGCCAUCACAGUUUGGGAAGCUACUUAAGCAUGCUUUUUCUGGUACUCCACUUCACAUUUCAUUUGCUGGGCUUCACACGAUGCUCCCUAGUAUUCGACGAAGCCAACCAAGAGGCGAUGAAAAACAAAUACUGCUCCCGCGUCGGAGACUGCCUGCCCGGUACACAUGUCAUGUGUAUGUACGGAGAUAAGAAAAUGAUGGGCCCUAGAUGUAGCGGUGGCAAAAUGCUUCCGCUUACUGCAGAUGAAAAAACAGACCUAUUAGAUCUCCUUAAUGAGUUAAGGCGAAAUUUGGCUCAAGGUAUAGGAGACCUUCCAAAGGCGUACGGCAUGAGAAAGCUGUUCUGGGAUGAUUCCUUAGCCGAAUUUGCCCAGGCGUGGGCGAACCAAUGUGAUCCAGACCGCCAUGACCUAUGUAGAGCUUCAGAAAAGUUCCCUAGAGCAGGCCAGGCUAUGUACCCUGUACGAUUCAACUACAACGACUGGAGUAUAAAACGCGAGCACUUUGACGAUAAAUCCAAAAACCUAACGCCAGAAAAAAGGACCCAUGUCAUCGAACGUUUUGCGGGAUAUAUCCACAGAACCAGCAAAUACGUGAAUAAACAGCAAAUAGAAAAGUAUCCAAGCGGCGACUUCAUGAACGAAUAUCUGACGGCAGUCCACGGGACUACCACAAACGUUGGUUGCGGAAUGUCUACUUUUCACGAUUACUAUAGGACCUCAGACAAUGAACCAGUCAUUUUCCAUGCAGUAGAAAUUGUUUGUAACUUCUCUAAUCGGCCAACGGCGGGCGAGAAGGUUUACGAGACCAAGUGGUCUGACGGGAAGGGUUGGACAACAUGUGGCUGUCCCGACGGGUUCAUUGAAGAAGACUGUCUCUGUGUACCAGGAAAAAGACCAGACAACAAAGAUGACCAACAAAAUAAAGACAAAGAUGACCAACAAAAUAAAGACAAGGAUGACCAACAAAAUAAAGACAAGGAUGACCAACAAAAUAAAGAAAAGGAUGACCAACAAAGUAAAGACAAGGAUGGCCAACAAAAUAAAGACAAGGAUGACCAACAAAAUAAAGACAAGGAUGACCAACAAAAUAAAGACAAGGAUGACCAACAAAAUAAAGAAAAGGAUGACCAACAAAGUAAAGACAAGGAUGACCAACAAAAUAAAGACAAGGAUAACCAACAAAAUAAAGACAAGGAUGACCAACAAAAUAAAGACAAGGAUGACCAACAAAAUAAAGACAAGGAUGACCAACAAAGUAAAGACAAGGAUGACCAACAAAAUAAAGACAAGGAUGAUCAACAAAGUAAAGACAAGGAUGACCAACAAAAUAAAGACAAGGAUGACCAACAAAGUAAAGACAAGGAUGGCCAACAAAAUAAAGACAAGGAUAAUCAACAAAAUAAAGACAAGGAUGACCAACAAAAUAAAGACAAGGAUGACCAACAAAAUAAAGACAUGGAUGACCAACAAAGUAAAGACAAGGAUGACCAACAAAAUAAAGACAAGGAUGAUCAACAAAGUAAAAACAAGGAUGACCAACAAAAUAAAGACAAGGAUGACCAACAAAGUAAAGACAAGGAUGACCAACAAAAUAAAGACAAGGAUGAUCAACAAAAGGAAGGUAAAGAUGACUAA